UCCAAUAAGUUUAGAAUAAUAUAACCAUCAAAUAUAACCGAAAAUGUCGACCAGAAUAUGACAUAGAAUUCAGAGGGUGUUGGAUAUAGUUUGCGCAAUUUUAAAAGAAUCACUUAAGUAGAAGAAACAUUCCUUUUAUUAUUAUCUACUAAACUACCAAUCGCAUUGCACAAGAAUGAGCAACCAUAAGAUACCGCUGAUCCCGAAUGAAAAAAUCUACUUCCAAAAUCAGCGUCCAACCGGUCAACGAAGAUCUCACAACCAUCACCGCAGUUCCGAUGGCAGUCUGACGUCUCACAAAUUUUCCUGGCUGCUUCGCCAUUCGGCCGCCGUAGCCCAACACAUGGACCCGGAUGGGUUUGUCGGGUUUGACGUUCUGCUGAGUCAGCUUAAAAAACCGGGCUGCAGCGCAACCAAAGAGCGAAUGCUCGAGUUUGUGGCCACAGAUCAAAAAGGUCGGUUCGAAGUUCGUGGAGAGGAAGUUCGGGCCGUAAAUGGACACAGCGUGCACUUUUGUGAUAACUAUGAGGUGGUUCAGGAUCCACCGGAGUUCCUGUAUCAUGCCACCAACAAUCAUGCGGUUCCACUGAUAAUGGGCGGUGCGUUGAAGCGGAUGGGCCGGCAUUACAUCCACAUGCACGGGGCUCCUCCGCCGAAAACUUCGGUGCGGUAUCGAAUAUUGAGAAUCAGACCUCCCAGAGGGCACGUGUUUUAUAGAACUAAAAAUGGGUACUUUUUGUGCAGGGAGGAUAUACCGGCUGAAUUUAUUGAAGUGUUGAACUAAGAAAAUGAUAUUUAUGCUUCUUGGUGAAGUUUGUUGAGUUUGUUUUCUAGUCAAAACUAUUUUAUCAGCCGCUAACUGAAUAAAUAAAACAACGUAGAAUCAUAAAAAACCAAAUUA